CGCUUUUAUAUUUACACUUGGAGAAGAUGUUAGUUUAAUUAGUUUGAUGGAGGAGAUGCUGGCAGAGGUUUAGAGUGGUGGAAGAUACAUAGCAGGGCUGCAUAUGUUCAGCGGCCCGAUACACACAACAACAUUGGAGAGUUACUUUCGUGUCAUUUUUCUAUCAUUUACUUGCUUAACUUGCUACACUGUAAAUUCUACAUUUUAUCGCUGGAUGGCACCAUAGCCUUUAUUGAUACCUUCAGCUUUAGUAUCGUACAUAUUGUAGAAUCACUGCAGAAGGCACAUUCUCCCCUCUCUCUUCCUCCUCCACUUUGAUACUUUGCUACGAGUUUUUUCUUGAAUUUUAUUGUGUUUCUUUCCUUCUUUACCGCAGGGCUGGCACUAGAAACUUUCUUUGGGCCCAUGGUGGCUUAUUUAGCAGUUACAAGCACUAAAAACAAUGGAAUACAAAAUAUAUCACAUGUAUGAGUGGAAUCAUCCUCCCUGGCUUGUAAACAAUGGCACACUACCUUGUACAUGGGCUCAGGCCGUGCAGACACAUUCGGGACGAAUGUCCUUAACUGAGUUUUUCAUCGUUAGCCGAGCCAGUAUUUUUACGCAAAAACACAUCGGUAUCCGAUUUUUUAGCUAUCCAAUGGCAUCGUUACCCGAGGGUCCACUCUACUAUAUUUCCCUACGAUGUGCUUGUGCACCAAACAUUUGAGAAUGUUCAACAUUCGCGAAGUUCUUGAUCCCGUAAUCCUUGUGAAUGUGGAGAGCCACAUGUAUGUAUGACACUAUUAUCUUGGAGACUAUCUUUCCUCUGGCUAAAAGUUCUAGUAUUGUUAUUUGCACACACACUAAGCUUAAAGGUCCCCUCUGAGAGUAUACUCUGGCAGGAAUUGCAUACUAAUUCUCCUUUUUAUGAUACAAUGAAUACUGCUUUCUAAUAUGUUAGUUCCAAACACUGGAGGGAUGAAGCUUAUAAGUUCACUGGCACAGUUUAGAGUUCUAGCACGCAAGUGAGAUCACGAUAAUGUGUAUGGUUUUACUGGUUGUUUCCUGGUGUUAAUUGAUAAAAUGAAAGACUUACUAAUGAAAAAGAGAGGACUUUGGUUGGUUUCAAACUGGAAGUAGUCUGAAGUAGAGCUCAAAGUGACAAAAAUAUUUUAUUUUUGGCAGUUUCCCUGAAGAAGGGUAGGAUCCUCCCUAGCCCCUAUGUGUUUUGUACAUGUUUUCAGCAGGUCUGCUUCAAUUAUUGGGAUGGUUAUAUUUUAGUACUCAGAGAUUUAUGGUAUUAUAUAAUAGAAGCCACAGGGGACAUACUGAACUGAGGCAAAAUUGUUUUUGUGACUGGAAUGUUUACAGUGUUUUUCAGCAUCUUCAUUAAUCUGUUUUGUUACUGUAUUAUUAAUGUUCAUCCACCAUCAACACUAAUCUGUACUCAACUAUUAUCAUAAUACAGUCCACCACCUCUAGUUCAUUCUCAACAUUACUCUCUCCUCGUCUGGUAGUAAGAGUCAGACACCUAACAUAAUCAGUACUUAACCAUCACUAUUCUAAUAUUUGUGUUUCAGAGGCAGUGUUUCAACCUGAAGAGAGAGAGAGAGUCUGAGGCAACAUGGAGACUUCAUGUUCUUGGUCAUCUCCAGACUUUGGCACUGCAUGGUUGUUACUUCUGGUUUCUCCAAUAAUUUCUGUCUAAUAGAUCCAGUUGCUUAGGGAAGUUACCCUCUCUUUAUUUUGAACUCUGUUUUUAAAUUAGCUGUAUAGUCCUUGUGGCUUAGCGCUUCUUUUUGAUUAUAAUAAUAAUGUUUUUAAAUUAGAAUUUUUUGAAUUUGUAAAAUUAGUCUAAUUACCUUAAAAUAAUUGAAUGAUUGGUUUCCUGUGCAUAAUUAAUAGAAGAGUAGGUAUGUUGGCUAGGAACUGGAUCAACUUAAUUAUUGAAAUAGGCUAAAAUAGGAUGUAAAAUAGGCCAAAUUGCUGAUGCAUAUAGUUGCGUCUGAACAAUUAUCUUAGUUUUCCAUCAGAUGUUGCAUUUGUGGUGUCAUAACCUGAGAAAAACAUUCUUUACCAUUUGAAAAUUUUGACACACUCAGCACAUUUAAUUUUGGGAGUCACAAUAGUAAAGGUGUUAAGAACUUAAAUGACGUUUAUGACAAAUGAUAAGAUGCAAUACAUUAGAGUUCCUUCAAGGAAACAAACACAUCAGUGUUCUGAAUGUCUAAACGAUUUUUCACAUAAAUCACGUCUAAUACAACAUAUGAGAGUUCAUUCACAAGAAAAACCAUAUCAGUGUUCUGAAUGCCUAAAAGACUUCACAGAUAGAUCAAAUCUAAUACGACACAUGAGAGUUCAUUCUCAAGAAAAACCAUAUCAGUGUUCUGAAUGUCUACAAGACUUUUCACGUAGAUCAUCCCUGAUACAACAUAUGAGAGUCCAUACACAAGAAAAACCAUAUCAGUGUUCUGAAUGUCUACAAGACUUUUCACGUAAAUCAUCCCUGAUACAACAUAUGAGAAUUCAUACACAAGAAAAACCAUAUCAGUGUUCUGAAUGUCUAAAAGACUUUUCACAUAAAUCUUCCCUAAUACUACACAUGAGAAUUCAUUCACAAGAAAAACCAUAUCAGUGCUGUGAAUGUCUAAAAGACUUUACAAAUAGAUCAAAUCUAAUACAACACAUGAGAGUUCAUUCUCAAGAAAAACCAUAUCAGUGUUCUGAAUGUCUAAAAGACUUUUCACAUAAAUCUUCCCUAAUAAAACACAUGAGAAUCCAUUCACAAGAAAAACCAUAUCAGUGCUGUGAAUGUCUAAAAGACUUUACAAAUAGAUCAAAUCUAAUACAACACAUGAGAGUUCAUUCUGAAGAAAAACCACAUCAGUGUUCUGAAUGUCUACAAGACUUUAAACAUAGAUCAUCCCUGAUACAACACAUGAGAGACCAUACACAAGAAAAACCAUAUCAGUGUUCUGAAUGUCUAAAAGACUUUUCACGUAAAUCUUCCCUAAUACAACACAUGAGAAUCCAUUCACAAGAAAAACCAUAUCAGUGCUGUGAAUGUCUAAAAGACUUUACAAAUAGAUCAAAUCUAAUACAGCACAUGAGAGUUCAUUCUCAAGAAAAACCUUAUCAGUGUUCUGAAUGUCUGAAAGACUUUUCACAUAAAUCUUCCCUAAUAAGACACAUGAGAAUCCAUUCACAAGAAAAACCAUAUCAGUGCUGUGAAUGUCUAAAAAACUUUACAAAUAGAUCAGAUCUAAUACAUCACAUGAGAGUUCAUUCUCAAGAAAAACCAUAUCAGUGUUCUGAAUGUCUAAAAGACUUUAAAUGGAGAUCAUCCCUAGUACAACACAUGAGAGUUCAUUCAUUAGAAAAUUCCUUUUAAGAAUGAUUGCCUUGAUUUGGGUGAUAUACUCUUAAUCCAAGGAGUUAGAGUUAUCCCUCACCUUCCUUGGAUCAGAUAUGAAUACCCUCCUUCCCCUAUUUUCCAGGGGCUGUAUGACCCAUACUGAUUUAGCACUUGCUCAUGAAUAUAAUAAUCAUGAGGUAAACUAUAUUUUUGAGUUACAUUAUUUUUUUGUUUUUGCAUCAAAGCAGAAUGACUCCCAUUUCCUAGGCAGUGUAUGACCUUUACAGGUUUAGCAUUUCCUCAAAAAUUAAAUAAUUCUGGCUUCUUGAAUGAAUGUUUGAUCAGAUAGACUAUUGUGACCCCUGAAUGGGUCACAAUGUAUAUAAUGUAUAUUAUUUGUUCUUGUAAUUUUAUAUUGCUUAUAUUUAGGAUAUUAGCUAAAUCAUAAAUAUAUUGCUAUAUAUUAUUAUUUGACUUAGUUUUAUUAUUAGGUUGGAUGUAACAUUUAUAUAUUAUUCAGUGCUCAUAGUUCAAGAGUGUUAAGUAGCUGACAGCAUUGUCUAACUAGUGUAACUAUUGCUCCGCUCAUUUCCCUGCUGGCUUCUGUGUUGCUGGGCAGCAGCAGUCCAUGGAGUCACGUGAUCAGGGUGGGGUGAUUACACCUCACCUGGGUGAGAGAGACUCUGUCCUUUGCUAGCUUUUGCUCGGGAGCUAUCUCUCUCUCUCUUCUCUGUUUUACAUUGCUUCCGACAAGACGAAUGUCUCACCAGCCCUUCCAUGCUGGCACUUGUUGGAAGAUCAUCUCUGUCGCUUUCUUGUUGUUGGUUCUGUGUAACUCUGUUCACAGAACAUAGCCUAGACUUAAUGAUUUUCGACGUUAUACUGAGGUUGUCUGUCGCAUUGACGCUCCGAGAAACUCAGGUCCUGAGCUGUAGCUUCUGACCUAAUAUGUACUGGUAUCUGUGCACUGUCACAGUUGGGGAUUUUCUAAUGCUGAACUUAGAUUCAGUAGUAUGGGAGUUUUGUGACUUUUGUGGAGGAACUGCAGAUGGUCCCUACUUAGUGUCGUUAUAUUAUCUCCUUGUUCCUGAUUCUGUGUCACUGUUGCUUGUCUUGUUGCUGUUUGACUUAUCAGCCAUUUUACUGUUCAAGCAAGCUGUUCUGAUUGCCAGGUUUGUCAAGAAGUUAGUUUAUAUGAGGACUUUUAAUCAGUCAUUGGUUAAGUCUAGUCGAAUCUUGAGACUUAGCAAACUACUUAGAGCACUUGCACACAUACUCACUUGUAUAUAUUAGUAUUAUGUUAUUAAAUGCUAACAAUGUACCAGACGGUACUUAAAAGCCAUAAAGAUGUGAUAUGUGCCUUCAGCACAAUACUACUGUACACGAGAGAAGUGAUUAUUUUGAUUAUUUUGAUUACUUUAAUUUACUUUGAUUUUGUAUGCCUAGACAACUUAUAGUUAUUAAUAAACUUAUUAAAUUUUAAUUUCUUUAGUUAGUAGCCUACCAGUUGUAAUCCUGAAGCACUAUUUUAUCUUACUAUUAAAGUCUAAUGGAUAAUUGGACCAGGAUACUGACUACUUGUUACAAAAACCCAGUAACAGGCUGGAUGCUAGAAUGGCAGUUCUUUCUAUUAUUCACUGGAGAUUUCUAUGAUUAUUAGAUAUCGCAUUUUUUGUAACAAAUGGGGGCCUAUCUGGGAUGCUUUUGAUCCAAGGUGUUGGAGAAAUUCUCCAGUUUGAUACUAGUAACUCUAUAGUCAAACACUUUGAGUACUUUCCUAAUCUAAAGAGUUUGAGUUUAGUCUUGUACAACAUAAUAGGUGGAUGUAUGUACUUGACUGAGUCUCUUGAUCCAAGGAGAUGAAAUACUGUUUAUGAGCUCUAGCUCUAAGACAACCAACACUAAAAUUCCUAUUAGGUUUAUAGUUUCCCAUAAUCACUCUCUUGUAGUGCACUUAUUUUUGUGAUGUAUGUCAAAGUGAAACAGUUAAUUGAUACUCUGACUUUGUCGACAUUAAGUACGUUAAAACUUCAGAUGUCUUGGUGAGUAGCCAAAUAUCUCGGUGUGACGUAUAACAGGAAUUACACCUCAGAAACUGUCGGAGCGUUAAUUAAUGAUAUAUUGUUUCCUGCUCGUGCAGAGACGUCUGAUUAUGAUUCAGAUACAGAGAGCAUAGUGUCACAAUUAGGAAGUAUGACUCUAAUUGAUGACAUAAAAGAGAGAGCAACUACAGCAGAAGUGUCUGAGCUUAGUAUAACUCCGUUCACGCUCACACCUUCCCACCUGACUAACACCAUAGUACAAAGUGUAGCUGGUAGUAUGACUCAGCCUCAUACUAGUACCGUGUAUGCUACACCUGUAGCUACUUAUCCUAAACCAGAUCUAGACUCUCUAGGGAUGGCUGGACUAGGUGCCUGAACUAAGGACCGUCCAGACUCUUUCGUUAGAUUCCAUACACCUCCGUUAUCCACUGGUCCUAUCUCUCAGAAACAGUUUGAGAGGAUGGAACACCUCAUUAUGUUGUAGACUGCACAAAUAGAGGCACAGAGGAAAUUGAACGAAAAAGAUUUCCAGAGAGCAACUGUUCGUCUCGAAAGGCAACAGAUUAAUAGAGCUGAUGAAGUUGAUAAGCCUGUUAGUACAACAAAGGACACAUUUAAUGUGCAGAAAGCUGCCUCAAUGGUUCCUAAGUUUUUUGAGAGUGACUUAGACACCUACUUUGAUGUGUUUGAGAACCAGGCACGUGCUAUGAACUGGCCACGUAUGCACUGGGCUACCUUGUUGCGCACAGCUUUGACAGGAAGAACUCAAACUUGUACUGCUGCUUUACCAUUUGCCAAGUACAUUAGUUAUGAUGCUGUCAAGGAAACUAUUCUAGAGACCUCUAAAUUGUUACCUGUAAGUUAUCAACGUGCAUUUCGUACACUACAGCUACGACAAGAUCAAACUUGUGUAGAGUUUGCUCUUGAGAAAAAAAGUUGCAUUUGAGAGAUGGUGUAGAGCUGCAAAGAGUAAUAAUUAUGACAGUCUUGUUUAGUUGUUACUUCACGAAGAGUUUAACAACUAUAUGUCUACUGACAUACAAGAAUAUCUGAUUGAUCAUUCUGCCUCGGAUAUUCUGGAAACUGCAGCAUUAGCAGACAAUUACAAGAUUUCUCACAAACUUGUACGUACUAAAACACAGAGAAACACGGUAACUAAAAAUUGUCCUAGAAGUUGGCAACCUAAAUCAGCUGAUAAGUGCCAGCCUGAUGUACCUGCUACUGUAACUUCUCAUACCUUUACCAGGAAAAUUCACAUUCUUGAAUCUAUCUCUGUGGUUAGACAGAAAUCUGAUACCAAGAAGAAGAAAGUUAAAUGUACCUAUUGUAACAAAAAAGGACAUACUAGAGAGUAUUGCUAUAAGUUAGAAAGAGAUACGAGAAGCGGUCGUGCGGCUGGCACCCCUACACAUCGUAUCCUCUUCUGUGCAACAAAGGCACCAAAGUCCUAGAAAUACCUCUAAUCCCACUGUUUUAGAUAAUAUUACUCAGAAUAGAUGACUAGUGUCAGAAAGUGUAUCUGACGAAAAGAUUCGUUCAGCGAUGAGUCCUUAUCGAGAGGCAAAGUAGGACUUGACGAAUCACAUGUAACUGAGAUAAUUACUUUUAGAGACACUGGCAGUUAUCUCAGGUUAUUGAGGGAAGAUGUACUGCCCAUAACUGAUGAUACCUAUACCAAGAUAGAUGCAUUGUUAGAAGCCUGUGGUGGGACUGUUAUAAAAGUACUUCUACACAAAGUUUGCAUUGAAACAAGCUAUUAUACUGGUUAUAUUUCAGUAGGUAUAUUCAGUGGUGCAUUUCCCAUCAGGUCAGUGGACUUGUUGAUAGGGAACGAUAUCCUUCAUGCUGGUAUAUGUAAGGAACCACUUGUGAUUGAUAAUACCACUGAUGAUAAUUAUGCCAUUGAAACUUGUAGAGAGAAGCCUAUUUUAUUUCUUCUCAGCACAAUUACUAGUGUUAUGUCAAAGAUACAGCAACCAUCCUUGUCUCCUGUUGAGUUAGUUGAUGACAAUGAUUUGGGCUUGAAAAUGUUGUUCAGUGAUGCUCUGCACCCAGGAUUAUUAACACUGACUCCCCCUUGUCAUCAACCUAGUCAGGACACAACUGACAUUAAAUUUCUAACUCAUGAUGAUUUAAUCAAGGAUCAGUUUGUUGAUCAGUCACUGGAAAGACUGAGAGAUAUAGUAGUUACUGAGAGUGAAGCAAAGGAUUUCGAUAAUUGUUACUAUUAUAGUAACGGUGUACUGAUGGAGAAAAAUACAAGUAAGUUAUCAGCUGAUAGUGUUUCCACCACAGUCAAGCAUCUCGUAGUGUUACCAGUUACAUUUCAUGAACAAGCCAUUGAUUUUGCACACAAUAGUCCCAUAGGAGGACAUUUGGGUGUCAAGAAGACACUCGGUAAACUGGCAAAACAUUUUACUUGGCCAAAUAUGAAGGAAACAGUAGCUGAUCAUAUGCAACGUUGCAACGUCUGUCAAGUGACAGGCAAGCCAGCACACACAUCUCCACCUACACCUCUCACUGAGCUUACUUGUAGCAAAGUUCAGUUCAUCUGGAGACAGAUUGUUCAGACUCGUUUACAAGGUUGAAGCUUCUGCUUUCCUCAGCUCCUGUAUUGAGGAGUCCUAAUUUCAAUCUUCCCUUCUUUUUACAUAUAGAUGCGAGUGGUUGUGCAGUGGGUGCUAUGCUGCUCCAACAGUGGUUAUGCAGUGGGUGCUGCUCCAACAGUCAACAUCCACUGACAUUCUCCAUCCUAUAUGUUACUAUUCAUCUAAGCUCAAACGACACCAGAAAAAUUAUGCCACUAUUGAGAAAGAGGCUCUAGCUCUUGUGGUGUCCUUGAAACAUUUUGACGUGUAUUUGGGCACUUCUCCAUUUAAAAUUAACGUUUUUUUCAGACCACAAUCCACUCCCCUACAUAAAUACAAUGAAGAGUAAAAAUGCUAGGAUCAUGAGGUGGGCUCUCAGAAUCCAGCCAUACUCUGUUAGUAUACAACAUAUCAGUGGUCAUUGUAAUGUAAUUGCUGAUGCUCUGUCACGUCCUUAAUUACCAUUGUUACAUUAAGAUUAACGUAAUUUUAUGCCCAAAUACCUUUUGUUACUUGCUACUUUAAAUUCAGUAGAGUAACAUAAUCUAUCAAGCUCAUGUUAACUAUGUAUACUCAUGUCUAAUUAUUCUAUUUAUAUAUUCACAGUAGUAGUGAUGUAUGUUGUUGUGGGAAGGGGACAGUUGGAGACAGAAGCUGAAUGUUGAGUGUGGAGAGUGUUGUGUGGGCGAUGUUAGUUACUGAGUGAUGACAGUCCUGCUGCAGCCACCCCACCUCACUGCACACCAUAGUUACGGCAUUCAAGUUGUCUCAUAUGCAGAUGUCCAUACUGCCUCGCAUUCCACUACCACUACUUAAGAGUGGAAUACAGUCUCCACUACUAUGAUCGAGCCUCAAUGUGUCAUGCCUUUCUACGUUAUCCUGUCUCUACAUUGAUGUACAUAACAACAAGUAUGCAGAUAUAUGAUAUGCUGUGUACUGUCCUAGUACAAGGGGCGUAACUUGCAGUGAAAUAGACACUGUAAAAUGGAAGUGCUUGGCUCAAGAAUGACUCUGAAAUUUUUAUAAUACAUUAUUGAUGUUGUGCUGGGGGGGUAUUGCAACCCCUGAAUGGGUCACAAUGUAUAUAAUGUAUAUUAUCUGUUCUUAUAAUUUUAUAUUGCUUAUAUUUGCAAUAUUAGCUAAAUCAUAAAUAUAUUGCUUUAUAUUAUUAUUUGACUUUGUUUUAUUAUUAUGUAGGAUGUAACAUUUAUACAGUGGUCCCUCAAUAAUCGUCCAUAAUCCGUUCCUGGAAGUGGGACUAUUAUCGAAAUGGACGAUUUUCGAAUCAAUUUUCCCCAUAAGAAAUAAUGUAAAUCCAAUUAAUUCGUUCCAGACACCCAGAAGUAUCAACAACAAUUUUUUUUUUACCUAAAAGAUAGAUUUACAUGCACAAAAGAAUGAACAUUCAACAUGAAAGUUACCUUUAUUGAAGGCUGUUGUUGAUGAAUGGAAGACAGGGAGGAGAGAGGGAAGAGAGGUUAUUUGGAAGGGGAAUCCCCCUCCAUAAGGACUCUAGGGCACUAAUAAAAUGUAUAAAUGAACAUUGGUAAUAGGGGUAGUUGAUGAGUGGAACGGUCUGCCUAGUAGGGUGAUCGAAGCUAAAACAUUGGGUAGUUUCAAAUUUAGGUUGGAUAAAUACACGAGAUAAAGGGGUUGGAUUUGAGUUGGACUUGCACCUGAGCUUAUUGCUUGGAUAGCAUUUGUUCUGUUAGUGGGUUGGAUUUGUGAAGGACCAGCCUAGUAUGGGCCAACAGGCCUAUUGCAGUGUUCCUCCUUUCCAAUGUUCUAAAAGCUAUGGCUUGGGUAGUUUCAAAUUUAGGUUGGAUAAAUACACGAGUGAAAGAGGUUGGAUUUGAGUCGGACUUGCACCUGAGUUUAUUGCUUGGGUAGCAUUUGUUCUGUUAGUGGGUUGGAUUUGUGAAGGACCGGCCUAGUAUGGGCCAGCAGGCCUGUUCCAGUGUUCCUACUUUCUUAAGUUCUUAUUUAACAUCACACUUACCAGAAAGGUGAUCGAGGCUAGGACCUUGGGUAGCUUCAAGAAGAGAUUGGACAAAUAUACGAGUUGGAGGAGCUGAGUUUGAUUUGUGUCAUUGGGUACGGGAGUAAAUUCUUGGGUAGCUUUGGGUGGAGGUCAUUUUGAUAAAGACCUGCCUUGUAUGGGCCAGUAGACCUGCAGUGUUCUUCCAUUGUUAUGUUUUUACUGGCUAUUUGUUUGUGAGGGAGGGAUGGCAAGUUUAUUGUUGGAGAAUAUGACACUAAUAUCAACUCUAUGGCUUAUUUAUCUAUCACAAUUCAACUAAUAUGAUAUAAUAAACAAUAUUAAUAACAUAGAAACAUGGAAUAUACUCUAGAAUGAAUAAAAUAAGUCAUUACGUAUGUCACGAGAGGUGUUGUGUUGUGUUGUUGUUGGGUAUAUAAGGGCCACUGGGUGUAAGCCGUCCAUAAUGGUGGUGAGGCGGUGCUGGUUUUUGUAGCCCUAUAUAACUCCAACAACAUUGGAGGAGUUGGUAGAAUCACUGAAUCACUAAAGGAACCCUCUACCACCAUCACUACGACCUUCUACCACUAUUACAGCUGUUACCACCAUCACUACUACCUUCUACCACCAUCACUACCACCAAAGAAAGCUUCUAGUGCCAGCCCUUUGGUAAAGAAUGUGAGAAACACAUAAU